AAGUACAUUUACAUUUCCUGGCUUGCAGGAAGUGUUAUAUGAUAGCCAUUAUAAGUAUAAUAAGCCCUUUCGAGUCUUGUAUAACUUUAUGGGGGUAGAAAACAAUAAUGCAUUUUGUAAUACAAUAAACCAGCGAAACGAAGGUGCGGUUCAAAGCUACAAUUAGCCAACCUCAUUUGAUUCCUAAACGUGCUGCAGUGCAAGCAACCCACCCACUGUCUCCAACUCGUAUCAUAUGUAAGAAAAUCAUAAUUAAAAAGCAGGGCGUUAUUAUAAUGCAGCAGAGCUCGGAUGAUGAAUCCAAAAACUAAAAAUAACGUUAAAUAUUGCGCACGUGGGGCGUGAACUACGCGAUGACGCAACGUGGUUAACGUCCGACGUAAAUCGUGAAGAAGAUGGCGGCGAGCGGCGGCGAGUCUUCUCAGGCUGGGUCCGAUGAUUUAUUUCAGAACUUUUACUCGGAGGUGAAGCAAAUCGAAAAAAGAGACUCCGUUUUAACCUCCAAGCAGCAGAUAGAUCGACUCCUCAGGCCGGGCUCGUCCUACUUUAAUCUGAACCCCUUCGAGGUACUGCAAAUUGAUCCGGAUGCAACAGAUAUCGAAUUAAAGAAACGAUUCAGAGCGUUAUCCAUUUUGGUCCAUCCAGACAAAAAUCAGGAUGAUGCAGACAGAGCACAGCAAGCGUUUGAAGCAGUGGACAAAGCUUACAAACUCCUUCAAGAUCCAGACCAGAAGAAGAGGGCUUUAGAUGUCAUUCAGGCAGGAAAGGAAUAUGUGGAGCACAUGGUAAAAGAGAAAAAGAAACAGUUAAAGAAGGAUGGGAAACCUCAGAUAGUGGAUGAGGAUGACCCUGAAGUUUUCAAGCAAGCAGUGUAUAAGCAGACCAUGAAACUAUUUGCAGAGCUUGCCAUUAAGAGAAAGGAACGAGAAGCAAAAGACAUGCACGAAAGGAAACGGGCAAGAGAAGAAGAAAUUGAAGCAGCAGAAAAAGCAAAGCGAGACAGGGAGUGGCAGAAAAACUUUGAGGAAACAAGAGAUGGCCGUGUGGACAGUUGGAGGACGUUCCAGGCUAAAGGCAAGAGCAAGGAGAAGAAGAACCGGUCCUUCCUCAAGCCCCCAAAAGUAAAGAUGGAGCAGAGGGAGUGAUGAAAAAAAAAUGGGACUUGAUUAACUUAAAACCUGUUUUUCAUACUGUGUGUCCCUUUUACCCCCUGGAAUUUUUUUCCCCAUUUACACUUUCUCAGAUUAUACCUGCCUCAUGUAAGUAACUAGUACAUCUUCCAUAUCUUAGGAAACAAUCAAAUGGUUGACUUUUUUUUAUAUACAUAAAAUAAA